AUGUUUAAACCGUUCACACUGUUUGUGUUUAAUCUAAAUAAGAGUAAUGUUUUUAUUCGAGCCAAAUACGCCACGGCGGUGCUACCACAGUUUUCGGCAAAUAAAUAUGCUGUGGAAAGAAAAAAAUUCGGCACGGUCAGGCCUUCAGAUAUCGAUUAUUUCAGAACAAUAUUAAGUAAGGAAAGAAUAUUGACUGAUGAAGAGGACGUUUUACCAUAUAACAUUGAUUGGAUAAAAAACUGCAGAGGUCAAUCACAAGUGGUGCUAAGACCAACGACAACCGAGGAAGUAUCCCAAAUAUUACGCUACUGUAACAAUAACAUGCUGGCGGUAUGUCCUCAAGGUGGCAACACAGGCCUGGUCGGGGGUUCAGUGCCUGUUUUCGACGAGAUUGUCCUAAAUUUAUCAUUAAUGAAUAAAAUUAUCAGUCUGGAUGAAAUAUCAGGUGCCUUGGUUUGUGAGGCGGGUUGUAUUCUAGAAAACCUGGAUAAUUACGUCAGGGAACAUAAUCUUAUCAUGCCUCUUGAUCUCGGAGCCAAAGGAUCCUGUCAUAUAGGAGGUAACGUCAGUACUAACGCUGGAGGAUUAAGAUUACUGAGAUACGGAAAUUUACACGGAACUGUGCUUGGUAUUGAAGCUGUAAAAGCAGAUGGUACAGUUAUUGAUUGUCUUCGAACACUGAAGAAGGACAAUACCGGAUAUCCUUUAAAGCACAUAUUCAUCGGCUCUGAAGGCACCCUCGGCGUUAUAACCAAAGUCAGCAUACAUUGUCCCGCACAACCCAGAUCUGUAUCACUCGGAUAUUUUGGCGUAGAAAAGUUCGAAAAUGUUCUCGAGUUAUAUAAAAGCGCCAAAUCGUCACUCGGCGAAAUUCUCUCAGCAUUCGAAAUGGCGGACAACGAAUCGAUUACUUCCACUGUAAACAAUCUAAAACUAUCGAAUCCAAUAGGGGACUAUCCUAUGUACGUUCUGGUGGAAUCACAUGGUAGUGAUGAAAAUCAUGAUAACGAGAAACUAAAUCGAUUUCUCACGCAAGGUAUGGAGUCUGGAUUGAUAUUAGACGGUACAGUCACCUCCGAACCUAAUAAAAUGAAGAGCAUCCGGAACAUUCGUGAGAGUAUCGCCGGUUCGGGUUUAAUUGACGGCUACGUGUUUAAAUACGACGUGUCCCUCCCGCUGAGGAAUUACUACGACCUCGUGGAAGACCUAAGGAAGAAGCUAGGAGACCGCGUCACCAGAGUGUAUGGAUACGGACAUGUUGGUGACGGUAACAUUCAUAUAAAUGUAACAGUACCGCAAUACUCAAAGGAAAUUAAUUCUGAAUUGGAGCCGUAUAUUUUCGAACAAGUAUCGAAACUGAAGGGUUCUAUAAGCGCGGAACACGGCGUUGGUUUUAGGAAGCCGCAGUUCAUACAUUACAGUCAAGGAGACACGUCUUUGGAGCUCAUGAGAGAAUUAAAAAGAACCAUGGACCCUAACGGUAUACUGAACCCGUAUAAAGUACUACCGGAUGUUGCCAGUUAUGAAUAA